CGCAGUUCAAAAUGCCAUUGUGAUGACGCAGGAACGUGCUCGGACGAAGGCAAGCGGCCAUUACGCGGCUCAGUUUCCCUACGAAGGUCGGAGGGAGGAGGGAGCUAAGCUAGCUAGUUAGCCUGGUAGCCAGCUCCUGACGCCAUAGAAAAUCACACACACACCUUCCUAAGACGCGCACUCGACGGCGGGGGGGGAGCUUUGCAGACCACAAGCGUGUGGACACAUGAAAACUGGGUUAAACCUGAAAUAGAAGGGUCCGCUUCGACCGAGAGGCUGCGCGAAGCUGCACCCGAUUUCAAGUGAAAAUAAAAUAAUCAUCGUUAUCUAGUGGUUUACGCGGCGAACGUUAAGUUAGCGCAGCUACCGAUAGAAAUAGCGUGAAAGGGGGUGAAGGCCGUCGUCGGAGUGCGUUUAAAAUGGACAAUAAAGCUUUUACGAAGGAACUGGACCAGUGGGUCGAGCAGCUGAACGAGUGCAAACAGCUGACGGAGAACCAAGUGAGGACGCUGUGCGAGAAGGCUAAAGAAAUCUUGACAAAGGAGUCAAAUGUGCAGGAGGUGCGCUGUCCCGUCACAGUCUGCGGAGAUGUUCACGGGCAGUUUCACGAUCUUAUGGAGCUCUUCAAAAUUGGGGGCAAGUCUCCUGAUACAAACUACUUGUUCAUGGGAGACUAUGUAGACAGAGGGUAUUACUCAGUGGAGACAGUGACUCUUCUCGUGGCAUUAAAGGUCCGUUACCCUGAGCGCAUUACGAUUCUCAGAGGCAACCACGAGAGCAGGCAAAUCACGCAGGUUUACGGUUUCUAUGAUGAGUGCCUCAGGAAGUAUGGCAACGCCAACGUAUGGAAAUACUUCACAGAUCUCUUUGACUAUCUCCCCCUGACUGCCCUGGUAGAUGGACAGAUCUUCUGCCUGCAUGGUGGCCUUUCUCCCUCAAUAGACACACUGGAUCACAUCAGAGCUCUGGAUCGUCUGCAGGAGGUUCCACACGAGGUCAGUCCCAAGGGCACAUGAAGAUAUUUCAGUGUGAGGUUGCUGUAGGGCAGUGGUUC